CAAAAAAGGCGCCAAGAUUUUCUUAUAGAGUUGCGUGUUUAUCUCAGUAUUUUCUUGAAUAUUUUCAGCAAAAAGUGCAAUUUUCAUUAGUUUUCUGAGCAAAAAUGUCGCAUUUGCUUGCGGACAUCGAUGCCACAUGUGCAUCUCUGGGACUUUUUGAUGGGGAGCGCUAUAUUAGUGCCCCGGAUAGUUUGAACAGUUUGAAGCACUUGAUUUGGAUCUUGCGAAGAGAUGACGAUACUCAUCAAUAUCGCCGACACAUUGGUCAGUCGUCAGUGUUGAGAACUGACCUCCUUCCCAUGCUAGUUUGCCACGAUGAGAGCUCUGAGUACUUUGAUGUUCUACUGAGGCUACUACUAAAUUUGACUUGCUCAUCCUACUUCCUAUACCACAGCGAAGUGCCCAAAGACAAGGGAAGUCACAGAUUCUAUAUGCAGCUUAAUUUUAUCCUCCGGAAGUACAAGGAGGCCUUUGCCGAUGAAUUUGUGUGGAUUGUGCUGAAGAACAACUUGCAGAAGUUGCUCGAGACGACCAGUGUUGAACGGAAUGAAGAGCAGGAGCUUAUUAUUGAGCGUAUUCUCGUGCUACUGCGAAAUGUUCUACAAAUCCCAUCUGGGGCAGAGAGAGAGGGACAGCAUGACAGUGAUUCGCUCCAUGACCAAAUACUCUGGGCACUUCAGCAGUCAGGAAUGACUGACAUAAUCCUUUUUGUUCUCUCAUCAAACAGCGAAAAUCAAUAUCAUUUUCAUGCCCUCGAAAUUAUGUACUACAUUCUCCACGAGCAGACAGCAGAGGGACUGGCUCAAACGAAGCAGGAGAGAACGACAGAUGAGAAGGAGUAUGAUAACAACAAAUUGAGAGCCGUUAGGUGUGUAGAGAGAGAUAAAUUGCAGUCACGAACCCUGUCCGGACGCCAUUCGAGAUUUGGUGGGACAUACAUUCUCAAGAAUAUCAAAUCUGUCUCGGAGAAGGACGUAAUAUGUCACCAGAGAAUCGAGAAGGCUAUUAAUGUGACUUUCGAUGGGGAGAAGAAGAAAAAGAGGCAAUCAAAGGGUCUUAUUGGGGAUUUUACACCAGAACGCAGAAGUCUCUUUGCCAUUCGCAUCCAUCUCAGGCAAUUCUGCAUUCAAGUCCUCCAACAGGCCUACAAUCCUCUAAUCCGUCAAGUAAAGCGCAUCAUUGAUACCAAUCAGUACUCCUCUGGAGGUCAGGAUGAUUCUUACCUUUUCUGGGCUAUUCGGUUCUUCAUGGAAUUCAACAGACACAAUGGUUUCCGCCUCGACUUGGUCAGUGAAACUGUAAAUGUUCAGACAUUUCAUUGGAUUCUCACAAGAAUGCAAGAUGCCAUGGACAAUUUGGCACUGGAAAAGAAGAAUUUCAGACCAUGGGCCAAAAAGCUCCAUAUGCGUAUGUUGGCUUUUCGGGAAUGCCUUCUGACGCUGUGCACAAUGCAGAAAAUCAACGAUGAUGUCAAUCAAUGUCUCUUCAAGAAAAUCCAACACAAUAUAUUCUACGUAAUGGAAUUCCGAGAAAUAGUCCUUCAUUUGAUGCUCAAUUUCAAGGAAACGCAAGUCACAAAAUCCCAACUGAUCGAUACCGUUCAGAUGGGACACUUGUACAUGAGGAUGUUUGAGAAAUUCUGCCGUGGUACGGUUUUUGUACAAUGCCCAAAGGGGAAAGGCAGGAAGAAGUCAAAGAAAUCGAAAAAGCCAAUUCAGAAAAAAGCCACCAAGAGUUGGGGUGAAAUCUCGGGUCAGAUUCAUGAGAAUCUCACGAAAGAAUUGGCUAAAGAUGACUCCAUCAUGCCAUUUGAUGCUGCUUCGGACAAACCCAUUGAUGAUCAGAGUGAGGAUUGCAUGAGAACAAUAUUUUCAUUGCUUCAUUCUGAAAGAUUCGAACGUGCAGUUCUCUAUUUACGUGCUGCCAGGGAAGUAUGGCCAAAUGGGGCUUUUGGUGAGGAAAAUGCCUCAGUUGACGAUAAUUUGGAAAUAUUGAAGGCUAUCUAUCUCGCCAAUCUUGAACAUAAUCCCGAAAAUGAUAAUGAAACUGACGAUGAUGAGGGUAAUGAGAGUGAAGCUGAUGAAGAAAACUACACAAACUUCACCGAGAAGCAAUUUAAUUUUGAUGACUUUGCUAAAAGAUUGCUCAAUCCAAAAAUAAUUCGUUUGUGUGUUUUGGUGCUUUUUGAGUGGCGAACACUAUCGACAAAUGUCCUACUGAGUGUAGUUUCGAUACUACAUCAAAUUGCGGUGAAGUUCAAAAUGCCUGAAAUGCUGUGUCAGGCAUCGCUAUUUAGGGUUUUCCAGGAAGUACUUAACGCCCCCAGGGAAAGCCAUCAUGAGGAGCUGAGGCGUUUGGCAAUUUUUAUUGUGAGACGUUUUGUCGAGAAUUCCCGGAAGAAUAUGAAAAUCUAUGCAGGACUUUUCUUCUACAAAACUAUUAGGGAUUGUGCAGAUGAGGAUGAUGCACCAACGGCUAAGGGGGCAAAAGGGCGUAAGGGCAAAAAGACAGCGAAUCCAACCAAUUCAUCAAGAAAUAAUCAAUCUGAUGAUGAUGAUGAGGCUGAGCCCAUGGAUAGUCGAGAAGUGACUCCUGAACCGUCAGUUGGAGGGAGGGAAGUGAGCAGGAUAAAUCAGAGUGCAAAUCAAGAUUUCAGUACACGUGAACCGCAAAUGAGGAAUAGAACUGAAAAUAUCGAUACAGAUGGUAUUCGGGAGAUUGUUGGGAAAUUGAAAGAACAAUUCAAGAGUGCCCUUCACUGGCUUCAAGAGACACUCAAUGACGAAAUUCAGGAGAUGACAGAAGAUGUUCUCGAUGACGACGAAGACAAUGCUGUUCCGCUUGUUCCGCUCUUCGAGGAGCACAAAGUGGCUCUCGAGAGUGUCGAAUUUCAACAACUUCUAAAGGCACUGGGAAUGCUUGAGCCGUUGGAAAAUGAGAUUUAUUGGCGUAUUCCCAAUAAUGUGGCAAAAGAGGAGCUGCAGAGUCGCUGUGACCUUCUGGCUGAUGGAAAUGGAUUACAAUGUAAUAAGCGUGUCAGAUCCGACAUCGAUAUCUCGUGUCCUGAGGUGGAAGAGGAAAAGACGAAUGAGCCAAUUGACGAUGAUGACAUCGGUGUACGAAAGAGGCGAAAGGUUCACAAUGCCAUUGAUAGCGAUGAGGAUGCUGAUUGAAGUAAUACAAUGUAAUAUGUGAGAAGAAGAAAUAUUGAUUAUUCACCGAAAA